UAAGAGGGGGGGUGGCCAAUUGUUUUUCUGGGGCUGUUAGAACUCUGCGGCGGGCCCUGCUGGUUGUAAAGACCUCCGUGAGGAAAAGGGGGCAGGACGACCAGGACCAGCCCGCCUCCAGGCUCCCAGCGGCGGACACUAACAGAUGUUCUGCUGCUGUUUGUCGUGAGUUUUUCUCUGAGUAAGGCGGCUGAAAAGGGUCAUUGCGGAGCAGGGAGCGUCCUGUCGGUGUUGACAGGCUGUCGGAGCUCCGGGAGGAGGCGGGGAUGGAGCGCAGGGAAGCGGACCAGAAUGAGAGCAGCUCGACCCAACAGAACACGAUGUGGAAACAGUUCCAAGCCCGAGCCAAGCCGCUGCUCAGCCCCAAACUGGGCUCCAGGGAGCCGGAGGAGAGGAAGGAGCGCGGCGGCUGGAUGUUCAAGAAGAUGAAGAGGAAGGAAAACGUCGUCCUGGACCGGGUGAUCUCCUCCUCUCAGCCCGACCUGCUCUUCUCCUCCCCGGCGGAGGAGGCUCAGCUCUGCGGCAAAGCGGCGGCGAGCGUCGGCCGGGAGAAGCUGCCGCCGCCGCCGCCGUCGCCGUCCUCCUCCUCCAAACACCCGCAGUCGGCCAGCCCCGUGAAACCCACGUUGGCUCAGCUGGUGCAGUCCCACCACAAGAGCUCCUCUCUCGGGUCGGCGUGCUUGGAGAGGCUGGCCGAGGUACCGUGCGGCAGCGGCAGCGGCGGCGGCAGCGGCGGCAGCAGCAGCGGCGGCGGUGGAGGCGAAGCGGCAACAGCUGCCGCAGCAGCGGCUGCACCGCUGGAGCAACAACCGGGUAUGGGUGCUCCGUGCUCCUCGGGGGUCCCGCCUGAGAGAUCCAUCCACAGCUCGGGGAUGUACAAGCUGGAGAUUGAGCUGAAGAGAGGAAACAAUCUGGCUGUCCGAGACAGAGGAGGCAGCAGUGAUCCCUAUGUGAAGUUCAAGCUCGCUGGUAAAGAGGUGUUCAGAAGCAAAACCAUCCACAAAAACCUGAACCCAGUGUGGGAGGAGAAAACGACUCUAGUAGUGGAUUGUCUGAGUGAACCUCUGUAUGUGAAGGUGUUUGACUAUGACUUUGGCCUUCAAGACGACUUCAUGGGUUCUGCUUACCUCUACCUGGAGUCUCUAGAGCAGCAGAGGAUGAUACCUGUAACGCUGGCACUGAAGGACCCUCACCACCCUGAUCAGGACCUGGGCACCCUGGAGCUGGCCGUCAACCUGACCCCGAAAGACAGUCCCGUAGAGGAGCGACGAGACUCGACGCGGAGGGAGGUUAAGGCGUAUCGCUGGAAGCCGUACGUGAAUAAAACUAUGCUGCUCAGGAGGUCCUGGAAACGAUCCACUAAGCAGCAGCAGUCAGUGCGUCUCUCAGAGCUGCAUCGGAAAUCCCAGCUCUGGAGAGGGAUCGUCAGCAUCGCGCUGAUCGAAGGCCGGAACCUGAUUCCCAUGGACCCCAACGGUCUGAGCGACCCGUACGUCAAGUUCCGACUGGGACCCCAGAAGUACAGGAGCAAGACGGUGCCAAAGACCCUGAAUCCACAGUGGAGGGAACAAUUUGACCUUCAUCUGUAUGAAGAGACGGGAGGAGUGUUGGAGAUCACAGUGUGGGACAGAGACACCGGGAGGAGGGACGACUUCAUUGGACGAUGCCAGCUGGAUCUCUCCACUCUGGCUAAAGAGCAAACUCACCACCUGGAGCUGCCGCUGGAGGAGUCCCGGGGCUACGUGGUGCUGCUGGUCACGCUGACGGCCUCGGCUGCUGUCUCUAUCGCCGACCUGUCCGUCACGCCGCUGGACGACCCGCAGGAGCGCAGGGAGAUCCUCAAACGAUACAGUUUGUUGAAGUCGUUCUCUAACCUCAGAGAUGUGGGCAUCGUGCAGGUGAAGGUGAUGAGAGCCGAAGGACUCAUGGCUGCAGACGUAACCGGUAAGAGUGAUCCGUUCUGUGUGUUGGAGCUGAAUAACGACAGACUACAGACACACACUGUUUACAAGAACCUCAAUCCAGAGUGGAACAAAGUCUUCACCUUUAAUGUGAAAGACAUUCACUCGGUGUUGGAGGUGACGGUGUUUGACGAGGACAGGGACAGGAGUGCGGACUUCCUGGGGAAAGUGGCUCUUCCUUUAUUACAUAUCCGUAACGGCGAGCAGAAGAGUUACGUGCUGAAGAAUAAAGAGCUGACCGGUCCGACCAAAGGAGUCAUCUACCUGGAGAUCGAUGUCAUCUACAACACUGUUAAAGCUGCUUUGAGGACGGUCGUUCCUGCGGAGCAGAAAUACAUAGAAGAAGAGCCUAAAGUGUCCAAGCAUCUGCUCCAGCAGAACUUUAACCGCGUGAAGAGGUGCAUCAUGGUUCUGAUUAGCUAUGGGACGUAUAUCAACAGCUGCUUUGAGUGGGAGUCUGCACAGAGGAGCAUCAUCUCCUUCGUGCUCUUUGUGGUGGUUGUGUGGAACUUCGAGCUCUACAUGCUUCCUCUGGCUCUGCUGCUGCUGCUGGUCUGGAACUACUUCUUCUCCUCGAGCCGGGAAACAGCGGACACGACCAUGGACGCCAUGUUUGAAUGGGAAGACGAAGACGAGGAUAAAGAGGACAAGGAGUCCGAGCACAGAGGCUUCAUGGAUAAACUGUACGCCAUCCAGGACGUGUUCAUCAGCGUACAGAACGCUCUGGACGAGGUGGCGUCACACGGAGAGAGGAUAAAGAACACCGUUAACUGGACAGUGCCUUUUCUAAGCUGGUUGGCGAUCACUGCCUUAUGUUCGGCCACAGUUCUGCUCUACCUCAUUCCUCUUCGAUACCUUGUGCUGGCGUGGGGUGUGAAUAAAUUCACCAAGAAGCUUCGCGAUCCGUACAUGAUCGACAACAACGAGCUCCUUGACUUUCUCUCCAGAGUGCCGUCCGACGUUCAAGUGAUGCAGUACCGUGAGCUGAAGGUCGACCCCGGACAAAGUCCCAGCAAACGCAAGCGGACCAACCCGAGUUAGCCGCCGGCUCUCGCCCGCUCUCUCGCUCCUGUAAACUCUGUAAACUAUGUUAUUUAUAUAUUUCUGCUAUAUUUUCAUUAUUAUGAGAAGUUGUAACUUUGUUGAGUUGUUUCUGUUUUGUUACUGUGGACAGAUUUAUUUUCUAAAUCUUGUAAAGAAAAGCUUGUUUUUUUUUUAAAAAAAAAUCGUUUUUAUUUGUUGAAGCCGGACGCAGGACGAUGUAAUGCUGUCCGUUCUGAAUGUACACGCGUGUGCAUGUGUGAAGCUGUUGCAUGGAGUCGGUUUGAACUCGACGUAUCGUCAGUGUCUGAUGUUACUUUAAAGGUAGAGUUGCAUGUUAUUGCUGCCUCUGUUUCUCCAUGUAUCACACACACACACACACACACACACACACACACACAUUUGGUCAGAUCCACACGACACGUGAACAUAGUUUUAGUUUUUUAUAUAAUAUAAUUUUGAGUUUAAACUAUGAAUACAAUAAAUCAUUUCUCUCACAUCAAAACAAUAACACAAGUUUGGUGAUUUUAUGAAUUUAUGAGAUUAAAAAUCAAACCUAUAAAGUAAAGUUUGACUUUAAACAAUAAUAUUAAAAUAAAGAAGUAAUAAGUAACUAAUACGGCUUCGUUUUGUGUGUCUUAAAACACAAGAAAGUCUUUCUGAAUGAGGCCUCAUCACAUCUCACAAUAGACCUUUUUCACAGCAGCUGUUUUAACAUGAAACAGUAGGUUAAAGUUACCAAUGAUACUAAUUAAGGCUCCACUGACUGACACAUUAUUGUUUCAAUUACAGCUAUUUGUAUUUGUCUUAAAGGUGCAGUGUGUAUUUUCUGCCACUAGGGGGUCAAAAUAAUAAGAAAAAAGUAAAAACUAUGAGAUAAAGUUUGACUUUAAACAACAAUAUUAAAAUACAAAACCAGUUAUUAAAGACAAGAAGCUACAUUAUUGUCCUUUGAACGUGUUUUUUAUUUUAUUAUUUUACACAGUAAAUAACAUAAACGGGAGAAAACAUAUAAAACAUGUUUUAUUUUUCUCUUUAUUUUUAUUUUUCUGUUUGUUUUGGCAUUUUAAAUCCUCCAUAUAUGAACCAAGGAGACAAAAUCUUAAUAUUUCAGCCUGAAGCAGUUUAUUUAUUUUCAUUCACUUUCAGUCUCUGAUUUCCUGCGAAGGUCGGUGUGAUGUGAACAAUCAGAGUUAACGUCCGAGGUUUUCUGAUCUCGGUUUUCGGGACGUGAUUCCCUGCAUGUCCGUGAGCCGUCGUCUGUGUGUGUCCAAGUGUUUCUGCAUGACUGAACAUAAAUUAUAUGCAAAGUGCAUUUUAUGGAUCCUGAAUGUGAAGCUGCGUUUCUGUUUACUUUCAUUGAUUUCUGUCAUUUUACACAUUGUCUGUUUUUUGUUUCCUGUUGCAUUAUGGGUACUUUGCUGCUGUUGACUAACCUCUGCGACUGUAAUGAAGUCGAACGCAGGACCGACUGUAACGACCGUGUAACGUUUGUCUGAGAAAAUAUAUUUGUACACAGAU